CUGGGCUGGGCUGUUGGGGCUGGGCUUGUGGUUAUGGGUCUGUGCUGGGUGCUGGGGGUCCGUGCUUGGGCUCGUGGGGUCUCGGCUGGGUCGCGGGGUCUGGGUUUGCGGUUACGGGUCCGCGGGUGCCAGCACAGCAGCGCGGGGCGGAGCGCACCUGCGGGCAGAGGACGGCGGGGGCCGUGCCGGGACAGCGCGCACCCGCGCCGGGGACCCCCGGGAACCGCCCGCUUCCCCCCGCCCCUCGGAGGGCAGCCCCGGGGGAACGCGAGGCCGGGCCGGGGAUCGGGGUGUGUUGCGUGUGCGUGUGUGUGUGUGCGGGGCGGGGGGGGCGUUGUUAAAUGGGGCCGCCUCCUGCCAUUGCCGAGCAGCGCGGCGGGUGUCAGCAGCGAGCAGCGGCGGGCGGCGCUCCCGGUGCGUCCCGGCCCCGCUCCGCGCUCCGAUGGCCGCCGGCCGCCGGGUCCCCCCGCACGGUGACGGCGGCGCGGUGCUGCUGCGGGGCCGCUUCUCCCCGGGACCUUCUCCCGGUUCGGCCGCCUGGUCCGUGGCUCUGACCGAGCGGGAGCUGCAGGUGCUGCGUCCCGGCGGCCCCGACGCCGCGCUCCCUUUGGCCGAUUGCGUGGGCAGCUCCGCGUUCCCGUCCGGCCCCGCCGCCGCCUGCUUCUCCCUCGUGGGUUACCCGUUCCGUAAGGCCCGCUGGGGUUCCCCCGCCCGGCAGCGCCUGCAGAGGACUUUCCGCGUUUCCCAACUCCCCGACGCCGAGGAGAAUCUCCGCAUCGCCCAGGCCUGGAGCCAGCGCAUCCGAGAGCUCUCGCUGCCCGCAGCGCCCACGCGGGACGGUACCAGCUAUGGGGUGCUGCCCCGGCCCUGCCGCGCGCUGGUGCUGCUGAACCCGCAGAGCGGCGCUGGCCACGCGCUUGAGGACUUCCAGGCGGUGGUGCAGCCCAUGCUGGCUGAUGCCGACAUCACACCCAUCGUCUUCGUCACCGAGAGACCCCACCACGCGCAGGAGAAGGUGCGGGAUGAAGACCUGUCGCAGUGGGACGUGCUGGUGGUGAUGUCCGGGGAUGGUCUGCUCCACGAGGUGCUGAAUGGGCUGAUGGAGCGGCCGGACUGGGAGGAGGCCCUGAAGACACCACUGUGCAUCCUGCCCGGGGGCUCUGGGAACGCCCUGGCUGCCUCCAUCAACUACUACGCGGGCAAUGACCACGUGGCCAAGAAGAAGCUGCUGACCAACUGCACCUUCAUCCUGUGCAAGGGGCUGCACGCGCCCAUGGACUUGGUCUCGCUGAGCACGGCCUCGGGCAAACGCUUCUUCUCCUUCCUGGGUUUCGGCUGGGGCUUCAUCGCCGACGUGGACAUCGACAGCGAGAAGUACCGGCGGCUGGGCAACGCGCGCUUCACGCUGGGCACGCUGCAGUGCCUGGCACGGCUGCGCAUCUACCAGGGCCGCCUCUCCUACCUGCCCGCGGCCACCGAGCCGGGCACCCCCAGGGACCCCAAGGCGCCCACCCGGCAGGAGACGCCGGGAGCGGGGACGGAGGCGCCGGGCGGGCACGGGGCACUGCCCGCAGACACGCUGCUGGUGCCGCUGGCGCAGCCGGUGCCGCCGCACUGGGUCGUGGUGCCCGAGGAGGAAUUCGUCUGCGUCUACGCCAUCUACCAGUCCCACCUGGGCACCAACCUGUUGAUGGCCCCGGCGGCUCGGCUGGACGACGGCUGCAUCCACCUCUUCUACGUGGGGGCGGGCAUCAGCCGCGUGGCGCUGCUGAAGAUCUUCCUGGCCAUGGGCAGGGGCACGCACCUGGACCUCAACUGCCCCCACCUGCGCUGCGUCCCGGUGCGCGCCUUCCGCCUGGAGCCGCGGGGCAGCGCCGGCAUCAUGACGGUGGACGGCGAGGCGCUGGCGUGCGAGCCCGUGCAGGGGCAGAUCCACGGCCGCAUGUGCCGCGUGGUCAGCGGCUCCUAGGGCCGGCGGCGGGCGCGCAGCCCUCCCCUCCUCCCACCCGCUCAGGAACCUCCUCCUCCUCCAGCAAUAGUUCUCCGUGCCCACGGAGCUGCCCGUGCCCGCGGGCGCUCGGCCUUUUGCUUCGCUUUACCCUGGUGGGCGCGGCCCCGUCCCGGGAACGAGCCUCGAGCCGCAGCAGGUACGCGGUGCCGGCUCCGUCCCGGUGCUGUGGGUACGAGGUCCCGGUGCGGGGCGGCUGCGCCGGCACAGCCGCGUCCCCGGGUUUGGUGGCACCGCUCGCGUCCCCGCCGGGCUGAGCCAGGACCGAGAUCCACCGGGAGAAAUCAAUGAUUUUUUUUUUUUUUUAAAACGUUUCUACCCAAAGCUUCCUGUAGAAGCAGAGUUUAUUCUUGUGAGACACGCAAUAAAGAUUUAGCG